GUGAAGAUGCUCGGGCGCGCGGCGACCUGGGGCGCGCUGCUGCUGCGGCUGCUGCUGGGCUGCGCGGGGCUGCGCGGCGUCCUGGGGUCGUCGCUGCUGACAGGUUCUGUUGCAAAAUGUGAAAAUGAAGGGGAGGAGCUGGAGAUCCCGUUCAUCACCGACAACCCGUGUAUAAUGUGUGUGUGCCGGAACAAGGAAGUGACGUGCCAGCGGGAGAAGUGCCCGGUGCUGCCGCGAGACUGUGCCCUGGCCAUCAAGCAGAGGGGCGCCUGCUGUGAGCGCUGCAAAGGUUGCACCUAUGAAGGAAACACCUACAACAGCUCCUUCGAGUGGCAGAGCCCAGCCAAGCCCUGUGUCCUGCACCAGUGCCAGGAAGGCGUUGUCACAGAGUCCCAGGUGCGCUGUGUCAUUCACUGUAGAAACCCAAUGGAGCACCAGGGAGCCUGCUGCCCCACCUGUCCAGGCUGCGUGUUUGAAGGUGUGCAGUACCGAGAGGGAGAGGAGUUUCGGCCGGAAGGGAACAAGUGCACCAAGUGUUCCUGCCUCGGAGGCAGGACACAGUGCGUGAGAGAAGUCUGUCCCAUUCUCUCUUGUCCCCAGCACCUUAGUCACACCCCCCCAGGACAGUGCUGCCCCAAAUGUUUGGGUCAGAGGAAAGUGUUUGACCUGCCCUAUGGGAGCUGCCUCUUUCGCAGUGAUGUGUAUGAUAAUGGGUCCUCAUUUUUCUAUGACAACUGCACAACGUGUACCUGCAAGGACUCCACUGUGGUAUGUGAGAAGACAUGCUCCCACCCCAGCAGCUGUGACAGAGGCAAGGAGGCCUGUUGUGAGCACUGCCUCCUGCGAGUGCCCCCAGAAGACGUCAGCGUGUGCAAGUCUGGCAACAAGAUUUUCCGGGAGGGUGAGGUAUGGUCCACGGCCAACUGCACCAUCUGUGCUUGUGUGACUGGCAGAACGGAGUGUCGCAGGAAGCAGUGUGUGUCCAUCAACAGCUGCCCGCAGGGUAAAAUUCUCAACAGGAAAGGAUGCUGCCCGAUUUGCACUGAAAAGCCUGGUGUGUGCACGGUGUUCGGAGACCCUCACUACAACACUUUUGAUGGCCGGACCUUUAACUUUCAGGGCACGUGUCAGUACGUGUUGACCAGAGACUGCACCUCCCCUGCCUCGCCCUUCCAGGUGCUGGUGAAGAACGAUGCCCGGCGGACACGCUCCUUCUCCUGGACCAAGUCAGUGCAGCUGGUCCUGGGCUCGAGCAUCAUUAGCUUGGAGCAGCACCUGGCUGUGCGCUGGAAUGGCUCCCGUGUGGCACUGCCCUGCCGUGGGCCACACUUUCACGUGGACCUAGAGGGCUACCUGCUGAAGGUGACCACCCGAGCAGGCUUAGAAAUAUCCUGGGAUGGAGACAGCUUUGUAGAGAUCAUGGCUGCCCCUCACCUCAAGGGCAAGCUGUGCGGUCUCUGUGGCAACUACAAUGGGCAUAAACGAGAUGACUUAAUCGGUGGAGAUGGGAACUUCAAGUUCGAUGUGGACGACUUUGCCGAGUCUUGGAGGGUGGAGUCCAACGAGUUCUGCAACCGACCGAGGAGGAGACCAGUGCCGGAGCUGUGCCAGGGGACAGUGAAGGUGAAGCUGCGAGCCCAUCGAGAGUGCCAGAAGAUCAAGUCCUGGGAGUUUCAGACCUGCCAUUCCACGGUGGACUACGCCACUUUUUACCGGUCCUGCGUGACAGACAUGUGUGAGUGUCCAGCACACAGAAACUGUUACUGUGAGUCGUUUCUGGCCUAUGCCCGGGCCUGCCAGAGAGAGGGCGUCAAGGUGCCCUGGGAGCCACAGCAGCACUGUGCAGCCACCCAGUGCAAGCACGGCGCUGUGUACGACACCUGUGGCCCGGGGUGUGUGAAGACCUGUGACACCUGGAAUGAGAUCGGUCCUUGCAACAAGCCGUGUGUGGCAGGCUGCCACUGUCCAGCUGACUUGGUCCUGCACAGGGGACGAUGCAUCAAGCCAGUCCUUUGUCCUCAGCGGUGACCCCUGUGUCAGCCACUGAGACUGCAACCUGGUGUCCUGGACACUGAAGUGGAAGAGCCAGGGAAGGGCUGCUGUGUGUGUGCCUGACUCCACAUGCAGGGUACAUAUCUGUAAAUAUGUAGAGGUAUAGAUAUAUUCAAGCAGUUCAUCAUUUAUAUGGACUGUAGUGCAGUAUUAUAUGUAUAUUUUUUGCUGUAAGACAGGUGUUAUUUCUAGGAUCCUAAUCUGUAAGCCAUUGGACACAUUGUAUAAACACACCAGGUGCAUUUAAUUUAAUAAGCAGCAUGCAGACCUCUCUGAUAACUGUGACAUCACACACAUUUCUGAUUCUUAAGGAAGUUUUCUAAGGACCCUCAGCUGCCUGCAUUCACUUUAGCUUGAAGUCAGCGUUAGUCCUUGAGUGGGAAAUGUGUUUCAUUGAAGAAGGGUACAUUUAUUUGGGGACAUUUCAUGUUUCCAAAGACAUGAAUAUGAGCCUGAAAGAGAUGGCGGAAGACUGGGACAAGCCCUGAUGGUGCAUGUAAAACAAGGGGUGGGCUUGCUAGACUUCACUGGGUCAUGGUCUGAUAUUGUUUCCAGAAGUGGGUGCCACCAAGAAACACAGAUGUGUCCUUAGGUCACAGUGCAAGAGUCCCGUGAUUUCUUGCCCUCUUUGCAGAGUCCUCCAGCCUCCUAACUGCAUGUGUCUGUGUGGUGCAGGUGACCACUUAUGUGUCAUGCAUUGAGAUGCGGGAGUGUCCAGAUGACAUGUUAGUGGUACUGAGCAUGAGAAGGUGGUGUUAAAAGAAACUGUUGCACAAUGGCUUGAAAUGAAAAAUAUCCAUGUCUCUGAAUCUCAGAGCAAUCCAGUGAAGAGCUGGUGGCCUUCUACCCAUCAUGAUAUUCCAUGUAUAAAACAAAAACCUUUGUGUCGAGAGGGUUCCUGUCCCAUGCUAUUUGACUAUGACUGUGUCAUAGGUCUUAGAUGGUGAAGACUUACUGACCAACUGCUUUAACAUCAUUCCAAGCAAGAAUGUUCUGUGUACUUUCUCCCAUUUACUGAUACUGUUGCUACCAGUCACCAUGUGGUUUUCCUGGCUUGCUUUCUGUUAAACAAGGAAAAAUGUCAACAAAACCAAAACCCACUGAUGUCUAAAAGUAGAGUGUUCUACACUGUCAUAAAUAAAUGGAUUAAGCUUCAACCAA